AUGGCAACAACUACCGAAGAGCUGCAAUUUGAGAAGCUUUGGUUGGAGGACUCUAUCAUCACGUUUGAAUCGUUCAAACUCCCAACUUCCAACCAACGUAUCCUCGGACCACCGCAUCCCAGGAACACUGUUAUCCCGCUUGCGCUGCGACCCACCAAGGCCGAUGCCAAGGCAACUCUCGACUCUGUGGUAGAGACAAUCAAGGUUCUCCAAACAAAAGACGGCAUUUUAACCAAGAAGCUCGCCAGACAUGGCACGCUGCUGUUUCGCAAUCUACCAAUCCACACCGCAGAAGACUUCAGCAAAUUCGCGCACGCUUUUGGCUACAAGCCCCACGAGAUUAUUGGAAUUGUAGUCGACAGACCACUUCUCGCGCCAAAUGUCGCUCCGGCCAACGAAGCCCCCAAGGAGGUCCUGAUAUACAACCACAACGAAUCACCGCAAGUACCACAUGCGCCCGAGUAUAUCUUUUUCUAUGGCCAUCGUGCCCCAUUGAAGGGUGGGGAAUCACCGAUCUCUUCUUCAUUGGAAUUACUCAACCGCGCACAGCAAGAGAUCCCAGAAUUUAUCGCCGAACUAGCCGAGAAAGGAAUUCUGAGUAAAGUGACAUACCGCGUGGAGAAGCAGUACGAUGGGGGAUCCACCCUGAAACAAGCCUUUGGUAAGGAAAUUCAAGAUGGAGAUGACGAAGAGACAACACGGCGCAAGAUCGAAGCUCAGAUUGCCCGCUAUGGCAGAGGGGAGCAUACGACAUGGGAGUGGACUGAGGAUGGUCUUGUCUUGACGCAUCGGCUACCUGCCAUCCGAACGCAGCCUGGUACAAACUUGCCGACUCUCUUCACUGGGUUAGCAGCAUAUUGGAAACGUACUCAGUGUGAUACGGAGGCUCGAAAGAAUGUCACUCAACAGCUGUUUGGGGAUGGGACACCCAUUCCUGAAAAGUAUCUUGCACAUCUGGCAAAGAUCACAGACGAAAUUCGGGUUCUGCACCGUUGGCAGGAAGGUGAUGUUCUAGUUUAUGAUAACAUCAUUGCCCAACAUGGUAGAGAACCCUGGCAAGGCGAGCAAUCUGAUCGAGUAAUUAUGGCAAGUCUAUUCGAUGGUGAAAGUGUGCCGGGCGCUUAUGGGUUUGGAGAUUGGGCGCAGGUUGUGCAAGCACUCGAAUGA